CAGAUUUCUCUGGACAUCUUAUUGACAAUUUUGCUAUAAUUUUAUAGUGGAAAUGCUACAGUGGUUGGUUCCUCGUCUGCUCUCCCCGAAUUUCUCAUGGCCGGAUUAUAGGGCGACAUUUCUCAGCAACCAACUACCACCCAUUCCUCGCUUAACUCACCUCCGUAUCCGUCAAUUUUGGGGUUUUAUCCAUACAUACCUUAGACGAUUCUCUCGGUUAUAUUGCAGCUGGGUCGGAGUCGCCUACGACAAUCAAAUCGCCCAGCUUCCUUUUGGGCUUAUUCUAAAAUGGUCGGAUGGUACUCGUCUAGAGAAAGUUUUAGCUAUGCAAGUUGCUAGGAAAGCAGGCUUACCCGUGCUAAAAGUCAUCUAUUAUGGAGGGCAUGCUGAUAGCCCUUAUGCGCCGGUUUCAAUCCUAAUAACGCGUGUUCCUGGCAAGGAGUUAGGUUAAGUUUUCGAUACACUCAGCGACGAAGAGAAAGAGGCGGUGUUCCGACAGCUUGAUCACUAUUUGACGUCUAUAAGGAACUGGAAAAAUCCGUGAGGCAAGAGUACAAUCUGCUCCAUAGUGGGAACGCCUAUUAGAAGUGUUCGGGUACCCAAUCACCUUGUGGGUCCAUUCAAGUCAGAGCAAGAAUUCAACGAUUAUUUAAUGGGACCAGCCUGGUCGUCUGCGUAAGUCAUUGCACACCCUAUCACAGCAAGUUGCAACGUCAGACGAGGUCUAGUUGGGCUGUCUUGAAGAUUGGCACUAUGAUAGCAAGCUCAAUCAAAGUGUCUAGAAUGGGCCAGACUAUAUUUUAGGCUGAUUUAUCACCGCGCCGUACUAUUUUCGUGAAAGGAAUUGCCUCGCUUAGAAUCCUC